UAAUUUCCUUCCAUUGUUACUUUUAAUAAACAACUUCAAUUUAUUAUAAAGUUGUUUCUUUUAGGUUGGUUUGCGGCCACUACUGCAUGGGAAAAAAAGAACCAAAAAGGACUUAAUGUGGGAUCACUCCCUGGAUCAGUAUUUCUGUCUUUUGUUUUUUUCCUCGCAUGUAUCAAGUACACUUUAUUUUGGUAACUUUUAAUUACUUGAUGUUGAACACUUUUAAACACACCUCUUUCACGCCUACAGUUGUUUACUGAAUCCCCUCUUAUCUUGUAUUUUAUAUGUUCAGUAUGUAAUGCUGUUGUAUUAUUUAAGGGGCUUGUGAAAUUAAGAAAUACUUUAAAACUGAUUAAAAUGGUAGAGAUAUCAGUAUAGUAAAUUACCAUUACUUUUUUUUAUCUGUUCUUCCCUCCCUCCCUCCCAAGGUUGGAAUUCACACCAAGGCAUGGUUUAUUGCUGGAAUUUUUCUGCUGAUGACUAUACCAAUUUCUCUUUGGGGAAUAUUGCAACACUUAGUUCAUUAUACUCAACCUGAAUUACAAAAACCAAUAAUAAGGAUUCUAUGGAUGGUGCCGAUUUACAGUUUAGACAGUUGGAUAGCUUUGAAAUAUCCCAACAUUGCAAUAUAUGUGGAUACCUGUAGGGAAUGCUAUGAAGCAUACGUCAUCUACAAUUUUAUGGUAUUCCUUUCAAAUUAUUUAACCAACCGGUAUCCAAAUCUGGUAUUAAUCAUAGAAGCCAAAGAUCAGCAGAAACAUCUACCUCCCCUUUGUUGUUGUCCAUCAUGGGCUAUGGGAGAAGUUUUAUUAUUUAGAUGUAAGCUAGGCGUGCUGCAGUACACUGUUGUCAGACCAUUUACCACCAUUAUUGCUCUAAUCUGUGAGUUGGUUGGUGUAUAUGAUGAAGGGAACUUUAGCUUCAAAAAUGCUUGGACUUACUUGGUUAUCUUUAAUAACAUGUCGCAACUGUUUGCGAUGUAUUGCCUCGUGCUGUUUUAUAAAGUCCUGCGUGAAGAGCUGAACCCAAUCCAGCCUGUUGGCAAAUUUCUUUGCGUGAAGAUGGUAGUCUUUGUUUCCUUCUGGCAAGCUGUACUUAUAGCACUGCUGGUGAAAAUUGGAGUUAUUUCUGAAAAACGCACCUGGGAAUGGCAAAGUGUAGAAGCUGUGGCCACAGGCCUACAGGAUUUUAUUAUCUGUGUGGAAAUGUUCUUUGCUGCUAUUGCUCAUCACUACAGUUUUACCUAUAAACCUUAUGUCCAAGAAGCUGAAGAAGGAUCAUGCUUUGAUUCUUUUCUUGCAAUGUGGGAUAUUUCUGAUAUUAGGGCAGAUAUAUCUGAACAGGUUCGAAAUGUUGGAAGGACAGUUUUGGGACAGCCAAGGAAAAUAUUUUUUGAAGAGGAUCAUGAACAAAACGAGCAUACAAGUUUACUGUCUUCAUCUACUCAAGACCCAAUUUCUGAUGCUGCUUCUAUGCCAUCUUCACCCAUGAGUGGUCACUAUCAGGGGUUUGGACACACUGUGACACCUCUGACUACACCUACAACAACCACAGUAUCUGAUGGCAUUUAUAAUGCUAUUGUUGCAGAAGAGAAUGAGGAUUCCCUUGGUCCAGGACAUAGUACACCUGAGAAGCCUUUGGAUAAAAGUUAAGCCCAUCUCCACUUGAGUGUGCUUAAGGAACCUAUUCUGUACUUUCCUACAACAUAGUUUCAUGAUGACAUAUUCUAUUACUCUUGAAGGAGUAGUUGUUAGCUGGAUAAACUGCAACUUGUCUCUCAAACAGGAACAAAGUAAGUGGUUGGAAUUUCAGUUUUGAAUACUGAAUUUGUUUAAACUCCAUAAUGGAUUUGAAUAUGUAUCAGUUCAAUAUAAAACAUGCACACCGUUUAAAUUUUUAGCUCAGAUUUUUAAUAAUCUGUUUAAGAGGGUUAAAAUAUUUAGAAAACACUAUAGUGCCUAGCAUAAAAAAGGCAUAAAAAUUAAACUCUUAGCACAAAAGAUAUCUGUGAACAAAUACUCUAUUGCUCUUCAAAUGUGUGGGAUAUAGAUAAUGCUUCUAACUGGGGGACUUGAUUUCAGGAAUGUAAUUUAAGCAACUAAAUAGAGGAGAUUUCUUAUAUUAAGUUUCUCUCCAAUGAGUUGGUAGUAAUGUGUGUCAGAAUGGACUUCUGUACUUCCCCUCUCCCCUUCCCAACUCUGCUCCACACACCCCAUCCUUAAUUAAGAUACUCUCGUUUCCAAUAAUAUUCUGGGCAUCAGCCAAAACAUCCUUUUUAAAAAAGUUCUCCAUACACAGGCCUAACUAAGCCUGUGAGUAAGAGACUAAGCCCAACACCCCCAUUUGCCACACUUAGCAUGGCAGCACUGAGUUGCUGGGAUGCCUUCUAGAGAGGUACAGUCUGAGCACAGGACUGUAAGCCAGAAAUGUAUUGUAAUUGCAAAUCUAGGAAAGUAAUUUACAUUUUGCCACUAUUUUCUCUGUCUUUAAAAUGGGAAUAACACUUACUUCAUAUGCAUCCUGAUAAGAAUACUUCAGCUUGCAAAGUGUCAAACAGGAAAAACAUUUCAUAAGUUGAAGAAACUGAAUUCUGUACUUAGAACUACAAUGAACUUACCCCUUUCUCUUAAAAAUCAUUAACAUGUCAAAGUAGGGUAUUUCCCAACAAAAUGUUUUGUCUAUAAAUUUUUGUUUGUGGAUGUGCUGUUAUCUUAUGCCUCUGUAUAGGUUCAAAUUCAGUAGCAAACUUGACACAUUGGGAGGAAAAUUAAGAUAUUCACUAAGGUGGAAUCAAGUAGCUAGUGUAAUAUUUAAUAUACUGUUACAGACUUCAGAUCAAGAAUAUUGGCAUUUAUAUCAGAGUUCUAAGGACUUUUCGCAAGUCUCAUUAACCCUGGGGUGUAUUUUUUCUAUCUUAACAUCAAACUUGCAUUUGCAUUGCAUGUUUGCAACUUGGUAUUUAUAUAGAGAAAGAAAAGUGGAGCUGCAUUAGAUGCUUUUAAAAGUGGUAUCUGCACCAUUCCACCAAAGUACUUUUUUCCAGCAUUGAUACUCUACAGAUUUUUAAUUGUAACUUCUAACUGUUUAAUUCAUCUUAAAAGUGCUUUUUGCAGUACUAGUGUUAUGUAAAUAUUUUGCCUUAUUCACUAGGCUGCAUAUUUUAUAGCCGAAGUGGAGUAUGUACUUAACGUAUUUGAAUUCGAUAGAAAAGAAAACAAAUCACACUUUCAAUACGCCGAUUCAUUGCCUUCAUUGUAAAUAAGCAAAUAAAGGUUUUAUUUAAAUGUG